AUUCAUAUUUCACAGAUGACAUGAGCAUGUUAUUAAAGCAAAACUUCAAAAGGCAUUUUAUCCAGUUUACAAACGCUAGAUUAUAUACAACAGACCCACGCAGCUCAUUAAUUAUAUUACAGGAGCAAAUAGCCUGAAUUUAGGCGAUCUACCAAAUACUAGAACCUCUUAGUAGAGGUAAGAAGAAACGCCAUGUAUCCUCUUAAUUGCGUAGACGGGUACAGGAUACCAGUUCGCGAGGAGGUCUACGUUCUCGACAUCAUCCCCCUCGCAGCAGGUCCGGCGACUAUCUCCUCGGACCAGAAGCUAUCCUUAUUUAAUCCCACAAGUCUAAAAGCAGGGCCCCAGCUCAAUCUUCUCACGCGACACGGCAACAUCACCUGUGCCAAGGCAUAUGACGCAGGGAGCGCUAUAGUGUGUACGGCGGGCGAGGAUGGCAGCGUAUCGAUGUGGGAUCUAAGGCAGGAUGCGCGACAGGCUGAGGUGGCGAGACUAACAGAUAAUCAAGUCUCCGUGUUGUCUUUAGCAUGCUCAAGUGCUGGCUUCUCAGUCGCGGCUGGAACCGAACUGCAAGACCACCAAGCAUCUAUAUUAGUAUGGGACGUCCGCUCAACUCCCAUCCCGAAGCUUCACUAUAAGGAAGUCCACAGCGAUGAUGUGACAGAGCUGAAUUUCCAUCCUAACGACCACAAUAUUCUCCUAUCAGGAUCAACCGAUGGCCUUGUAAAUAUCUGUGAUACAAGAAUCACUGAUGAGGAUGAAGUCGUAAUCCAGACCUUCAACCACGACGCCUCCAUCCACCACGCAGGGUUCCUAAACGAUACUGAAGUAUACGCAUUGUCCCAUGAUGAAAAGCUAGCACUUUAUGAUGUUGCCGAAAACCACGAAAAUGGAGCAGCAACGACAGAUUUUGGGGAUAUGCGAGAGGUCCUUGGCUGCCAGUAUAUUGCCAACGUCACUGCGAAAUCGAAUGGGGCCGGGGCCGUGAUUGGCGCUGGUGCACACGACCAACAAGCAUUCCAAUUGAUCCACUUGACAAAAGGCCAAGGAUGGAAUCUAGAUCGAGAUAGCAGUGUCAGCUUACCUGGAGCCCAUUCUUCGGAGAUUGUUCGUAGUUUCUGCUUCUACGACGAGGCGCAGACGGUCUUUAGCGCUGGCGAGGAUGGAUUUAUCAAAGCAUGGAAGCCGAACGCAUAAUCCAAUAAUUUUGUCCAUCCCUUUCAAGAGUAUUUGUCGUGCUUGUUCUUGGACUUCAGAUCCAGUAGCUGCUCGUAGUAAUCGCCCUCCCUUCUCGCUUUCUUUAGAUUUCUA